AUGGAAGUUUUGGAUACAAAACCUGAAAGAACGAAGAGCAGAAGCAAGUACAGCAUCAUCAUUCCAACUUAUAACGAACGUCUAAACAUCGCCCUCGUCACUUACCUCAUCUUCAAGCAUCUCAGGUAUCUCAUACAACAAUCGGAAGGAAAACACUGGAUUUUGAGUUCAUUCGAUGCAAAUUCCUUAUAUGCUUCUGGAGCUAGAUCAGAUUACGUUUACAGUAUGUCUUCAUGAAACGAGGUUUUUUGUAUCUUUGACCUGAGCCCUAUCAUGUUAUUAUUAAAGCAUGUUGGCCUUUGGUUUUCUCUGGCUUCUGCUAUUCAUUAUUAAUAACCAAUAGUUAUGACGUUCCGUUCAUAGUCUUAAAGAGGAUUAACUGAAUGUGGGUGCGUGUGAUUUCUCUUCCUUUUUUUUUUUUUCUCGACUAAGAUCUCUCUCUGGCUUCUCCCUAAAAGUCCAGAGAGAUGGGAGCCUUUGAAUUUCUCACUUAUUGAUGACAGGAUGGAGCCUUUUUCUAUUAACUGGAUUAAUUGUUAUUGAUGACAGGAUUGAUUUUUACCCCAGUGAGAUCAUACUGACACGUUAUUUAAUAAAAAUUGUCCUUCCGUGUUUCAUGGAUUCUUUAUGAAUGACAAUGUCUGAGAUGCUUGCCGUGUUUUUUAAUCCAUGGACGACAAUAGCUACUCCUUUCAUAGCAGAGGAAUUGUCCUUGAAUUUUAUUUUUUUAAAAUUUGAAAAUCCUCAGUUUGUUCUACAGUCUCCAGAGGGCCUUCAGUUGAAGACAACAACCCCCUUCCUCCACCCUCCACUCCCUGUGAAAAAAAGAUAAGAAAAAAAAGGGCAUACAGUUUUCCAUUUUUUUUACUCUCUCUGAUGUUCAUUGUGAAAUGUUAGCAGCUGAGGGAGGUAAUAACGGAUAACUCUGCUUUUUGGACUUUAUUUUCUCCAUGUACUGCAUCAGUAUCUUGAUUUCUUGAAUGCAACGAGUUAUGUCACCACCUUUAUCAGUGUUGAUUACAGUUCUGAAAAUAAUUGGACCAAGGAUGCGCGUUGAAUGAAUCAUUGGCAGUGUAAUGGCAAUAGUCUUCUUAGCUUUUACUGAUGACGGAUCAUUAGUCGAUCAUAUUAUAUGGACGUCCUGCUUUUUGAAAGUUAAUUUUUAUGCUCAAACAGCCCAUCUCUUGCUGAUUCUUGACGUCAUAUCCUCUUAUUUGAAAUUAUACUUUUUAUCAAUUUCUACAUUAGAUUUUCUUCUAUCAUUGUCAUCUAUCCAUUCUUCAAUAGGAUAUAUUUCCUUUUUGCCUCGUUUUUAUCUAUUGAAGUUUUUUCAUGUAUUCCUGACUAUCUACUAGGCUGGAUGAAGGAAAGAACCACUGUUCUUUUUUUAUGGAAUACCCACUGUUGGGUAUUCCAUGAGGUCUCUCUCAGUUACCUUAAAUUUCUUGGUGACCAUGUUACACCGUGUUGAUAUUAUUGUCCGAUGAUAUUUUUAAUUACUAUUAUCAUAUGCUAAACUGCCAAGGAUCCUGACUGACUCCUAUGCACAGUGGUAGAAUAACCGGCAUUGCUGAUUUUGUUUGGUUAUCUACUCUAGUGAUGUAGAUUUUGAGAUAAUUGUUGUGGAUGAUGGAAGUCCUGAUGGAACCCAAGACGUUGUAAAGCAGCUGCAGAAAGUCUAUGGGGAAGAUCGUAUCGUAAGCACUGUGUUAUCUUCUUUGGAAGGGUUUAAACUCAUUGUUAUCCUUAGCAAACUUUCCUAGUAACUGACUUUCACUUGUUGAUUUUUCUUCAUUCCACUUCUGCUGAAUGAUGAAUUGACUUAGCUAUUAAGACCAAGACCAAGCAAACUUGGUCUAGGUAUGGACAUACCCAUUUCUCUUUCGUCUUGUGAAACAGCAUGGAGAACGGUUCUUAAAUAGAUCUAUUUUCAGGAACUGCAUAUCGUCAUGGCUUGAAGCAUGCAUCUGGUGAUUUUGUGGUGAUAAUGGAUGCCGAUUUAUCUCAUCAUGUAAGCAAAGAAUAUAACUUUUUCAAAUGAAUCCAAACAGAUAUCUCUGAGUUUCAUUAACUCAUUUCCUAUUCUACAGCCGAAGUACUUGCCAGGCUUCAUCAGGUGCACUGCGAUACUACGCCUUACCUUAUUUUCGUGAGGAGUACCCCUCCAUUGGUUAGAUGCACGUAUUUAAAAAGGAUGCUACUUAAAGAGGAAUGUCUGAUGGUUUCAGUGAAACCUUUUUCUGCAUGUGUUUCUAAUAAAUUGAUUAAAGUCCUGAAAAAGAAUGGUAGCCUUCUGUACUGUGGUAUUUUUUUUGUUUUUCCCCAUGCACUAGUGGUUUUUUUGUAUUUGGUGUGCAGUUUCCUUAUCGACAGUGCUCCAUUGCGCUUUUUAAAUCCAAGAACAUUCAUCUUAUUUAGUAAUUCAAUUGAUCUUUCAUUAUAUUCGAUACGCCUUGAUGAGAUGUUCAUUAUUUUUUUUUUGUAAAUCCCCAAUAAACUCGUGAUGAUCAGGAAGCAGACAGAGACUGGUGCGAGCAUUGUCACUGGGACUCGUUAUGUUAGAGGCGGCGGUGUACAUGGUUGGAACCUCAUGAGGAAGCUCACAAGCAGAGGGGCCAACGUGCUUGCACAAACAUUGCUAUGGCCUGGGGUGUCUGACUUGACUGGUUCCUUCCGGUGAGUCACACGCAUAACGGCAGAUGCAGCUUUUCCGCAUAGAUAGAAGGCUAAUAAUGUUCGCCUCUGUUUCCCAGGCUAUACAGGAAAUCUGUUCUUGAGGAUGUCAUCAAUUCCUGUUUUAGCAAAGGAUACGUGUUCCAGAUGGAAAUGAUUGUUAGAGCAUCAAGGAAAGGCUACCAUAUUGAAGAGGUGAAUCAAUUAAACUUUAAUGAACCUAUGUAGGGUAGGUAUCAUCAAUUUUUCUGUACCACUGCAUUCUGAACAAUGAUGAAGGGGCCAAUCUUUUCUUCUUCUUCAUGCUCUGCAGGUGUGAUGGUAAUGUGGGUUUUCUUCUUUCACUGCAUAAUUUCGGGGAAUCUUCAUCGAUUCCUUCUCAUUCGUGUUCGUUGACUUUCUCCAGCAAUACUUGGGAAAAAAAUAUUUAACUGUGGACUAUCUUUUUUCACCUGUACGUUGACUUUUAAAAGAUUAGGAGGAAGGGCUCUCCCUUGUUAUAUUUUCUUGUGAGGAAAGACUUUUUUGUCGAAAUAAAAUAGUUCUUAGCAUUUUUGUCUGACUAAAACUCUGUAGUCUGAUCAUCCAAAAUUUUAAAACUAAUUAUGUGGGUGCGAUAUUUUAUUCUUUUGCUGCAUAAUUUCGGGGAAUCUUCAUCGAUUCCUUCUCAUUUGUGGUCUGCACAGCUUAUUUUCGAAUUUCUCCAGCGAUAUUUGGGGAAAAAAAUUAACUCAGGGCUAUCUUUUUUCUCCUGAACGUUGACUUUUUUUUAAUGGGGAAUAGGGCUCUCCCCUGUUAUUAUAUUUAUCUUGUUAUGAAAGACUUAUGAUCGAAAUAAAAUGGUUCUUAGUGUAAUUUUUUUCUGACUGUAAGUAAAUCUCUGGUCUGAUCAUCCACACGUUUAAAACUACCUUGCAGGUUCCUAUAACCUUUGUCGACAGGGUUUAUGGCAGUUCUAAGCUAGGAGGAUCAGAGAUUGUCGAAUAUCUCAAAGGCCUGGUGUAUCUUCUGCUCACAACAUGA